GUCCCAUCAGCCUCUGCGCGCGCCGCGGGACUGCAGGCGGGUUUGUUGCUCAGCUCCCACAGUCCCCUGGUGGCGGAGCGGGCAGCAUCAUGGCGGCGGCCCUAGACCCGGCCCGUCCGCGGUUCCCGGACAGUGACGUCGAGCAGGACCCCGGGGCGGCGGCGCAGAAGCUGACAAUGGCCUUGGAACAGAAGCCAGAUGAUGCAGAAUAUUACUGUCAAAGAGCUUAUGCUCAUAUUCUUCUACAGAAUUACUGGGAUGCUGUUGCAGAUGCAAAGAAGUCCCUAGAACUCAAUCCCAAUAAUGCCACAGCUUUUCUCAGAAAAGGGAUAAGUGAAUACCAUAUCAAAAACUAUGCUUCUGCUCUAGAGUCUUUCAAAGAAGGACAGAAAUUGGACAAUGUGGAUACUUCUUUUACUAUUUGGAUUAAAAGAUGCGAAGAAACACUAAACACAGGAUCACAGACUGAAAUGACUACAGAACAGCAAACUCAGCCAUCAAAAAUCAAGUAUGACUGGUACCAAACAGAAUCUCAAGUAAUCGUAACUCUCAUGAUCAAGAACGCACAGAAGGAUGAGAUCCGUGUACAAUUUUCUGAGAAAGAGCUGAAUGCAUUGGUGAGACUUCCAUCAGGAGAAGACUACAACUUAAAGCUUGUUCUUCUGCAUUCCAUAGUACCAGAGCAAAGUACAUUUAAAGUGCUCUCAACAAAGAUUGAGAUAAAAAUGAAGAAGCCAGAGGCUAUAAGAUGGGAGAAGCUGGAAGGGAAGGGAGAUUCUCCGAAGCUAAAACAAUACACAUCAGACUCCACACACCUAUAUCCAUCAUCCUCUCAUUAUACAAGGAACUGGGAUAAAUUGGUGGUUGAGAUCAAAGAAGAAGAAAAGAAUGAAAAAUUAGAGGGGGACGCCGCUUUAAAUAAACUCUUUCAGCAAAUCUAUUCAGAUGGUACAGAUGAAGUGAAACGUGCCAUGAACAAAUCCUUCAUGGAGUCUGGAGGAACUGUUCUGAGCACCAACUGGUCUGAUGUGGGGAAAAGGAAGGUAGACGUAAAUCCUCCUGAUGACAUGGAAUGGAAAAAAUUCUAAUCUGUUGAUUUGGCAUCUUUGUAUUGCCCAUAUUCACACGCUGACCAUUGUGUAUGGACAUAGCAUUCUUGGAUUUAAGACACUGAAUGUUCCCUUGAAGAUCGGAAUUAUUGUCUUUACAUCUUGCGUGCUUUAGUAAUUCCUUUGUCUGCAGGUGUUAAGGUUUAAUCAGGAAUGGAAGCCUGUUUUUCAUCACUCCUGUCCAUGAGGGGUUUUCAGAAACAGAUUUAACUAAGUCAUAAAUACACAUUUUCUACUAGCUUUAUCAGUUCUGUACUUUUGGGGAUGAGGAGACCUUUAAUGGACUGUUUAGGAUUAUUGCCUUAUUUUUAAUUCACAGUAUUUCUGUUGAAUAAUUUAUUAGCUCUGGCAACUUUGGGUAAACACACUUUUCAACUACAGUGUUAAUUGUUUGCUCUCUAACUCUGCUUAAGAAUAAAACUGUAAAAUAUAAA